AUGCAUUCCGUCUUCACUCUCAACACCGGCGCCAAGAUCCCGGCCCUCGGCUUGGGCACGUGGAACGACAAGGACGCGCAGGAGGAGGCCGUCUUGACCGCGCUCCAGGAGGGCUACCGCCACAUUGACACGGCCGCCAUCUACGGCACCGAGGAGGCCGUGGGGCGUGCGAUCCAGCGCAGCAAGGUGCCGCGCGAGGAGCUGUUCAUCACGACGAAGCUGUGGCGCGCCGACAUGAAGCCCGCGGACGUCGAGCCGGCCCUGGACGCGUCGCUCAAGAAGCUGCAGCUGGACUAUGUGGAUCUGUACCUCAUGCACUGGCCGGCGGCCCAGCUGCCCGGGGCCAAGACGCAGACGGGCGACGUCGACUUUGUCGACACGUACCAUGCCAUGGAGAAAUUGGUUGGUCCGCAGGGCAAGACGCGCGCCAUUGGCGUCUGCAACUUCAGCCGCGCCGAGCUCGACCGCCUGCUGGCCCACACGGCCGUCGUGCCCGCCGUGCACCAGAUGGAGAUGCACCCGUGGCUGCAGCAGACCGACUUUGCCAUCUACAACCGCGGCCUCGGCAUCACCAUCACGCAGUACUCGCCGUUUGGCAACCAGAACGACACGUACGGGGCGCACGCCGAGCGCCUGCUCGACGACCCGACGCUCAAGCGCAUCGGCGCCAAGUACGACAAGACGAGCGCGCAGACGGCGCUGGCCUGGGGCAUUGGCCACGGCCACGUCGUGAUCCCCAAGUCCAAGACGGCCGAACGCAUCAAGCAGAACCUCGGCGGCGACUUCCGGCUGCACCCCGAGGACAUCCAGGAGAUUGACCGGCUGGACCGCAAGAAGCGCUUCAACGACGACUCGGAUGCGGGAUACACGUACUUUGCGGAUUUGGACGGCAAGCAGAAGUAG